GUCGGAACCCGUGUCCACUGUCCCCCGCGCAGUACCCCUCCAUUUCUUUUUGGUGGACGCCAGAGCCCCGCGCCUCUCAGAACUCUCCGCGCGCCGUGUCCGGAGGGCGCGGGCGGGGCAGCGGAGCAGAAUCGGGUGGUCUCCCAGCGUAACAGUAUCGGCGGUUAGCCGAUCAGGGGAAAGACCUGGACUGCCUGGAUGCGCGGUAACGUAAGUCGUACUAUGUAUGGCCCAGUCGAUACACGUGUAGGGCGCGGUCCGAGGGCCCGGGGGAUGCAGCAAAGAGCUAUUUCUACCGUCUUCCACUAACAAUCGCGCAUCCCAGACAAGCGGAGCAAACCCCCGGACUUCAAAUAUACUCGCCGCCCAUUCUUCGCAUCGUCCCAAAGUAUGUUGGCGCCCCUCGCCCGCAGAGCGCCCCGCGUCGCCGCCGCUCUUCGGUCUGCCCCUCCGAUCCCGCGAGCCCACAGGUUCACACGUCACCUUGUUAGAACCCAAUCCACCAUGUCUGAUCAGACCAUUAUCUUCACCAAGGACGCCCCGGCUGCUCUUGGCCCUUACUCCCAAGCCAUCAAGACCCCCACCGCCAUCUAUUGCUCUGGCCAGAUCCCCCUCACCCCCGAGGGUGAGUUCAUUCAGGGCACUAUCGGCGAGAAGACCCGCCAGUGCUGCAAGAACCUCCAGGCCGUCAUUGAGGAGGCUGGCUCCUCCAUGACCAAGGUUGUCAAGGUCACCAUCUUCUUGUCCGACAUGGAGCACUUUGCCGCCAUGAACGCCGAGUACGAGCAGUGGUUCUCCCACAAGCCCGCCCGUAGCUGCGUUGCGGUCAAGACCCUCCCCAAGAACGUCGAUGUUGAGAUUGAGGCCAUUGCCCUCCCCUAAACAGGUCAAAUUACAACUAGAAAGCUUGGACGGAAUGGACUACUAAACAAGAAAAAUAUAUGAAUUACCACC